GAUAAAUGUGCAGUUGUAGUACUCCCUAUUUGGUCAAGUUUUUUUUCAUUUUAUUUAGUUGUCAAUGUCAAGAAAGAAAGUUACUCGCUCGCUCUAGCUAGCUUAUUCAAACAAAACACUUUUCAGGUACCUACUUAGGUAGGUAGCUGUCUAGUAAAAUAAACAAGGACAGGAAAUAACUAAAUCAAAAAUAGACUUUUAGUUGUUGUAAUGACGGUUGUCUGCUUAGAGUAUGGUUCAUAUUUAAUGCGUACCCAUAUAUCAUUUUCGAAAAGAUAAUAAUUUACAUUGUCAGUGAAAGUUUCGUCAUAAUGGAUAAGCCGAGAUUCUCAAUGCUGCUCUUAGAGCCUGGCGAAAUAUACUUUGAAGACUUCUCAUGUAUUAUGAGUGACAAAGAAUCUGUUAGUGAGGAAAACGCACGCCAAGGUCGCCUGAAGCUUUGUUCCAAAUCGUUGGUGUUCGAGCCAAGAGAUUGGACAUAUCCUCUUGUGAAGUUGCAGUUCAAGGAUUGUGAUAAAUUAUCUAUUGUUAAGCCCAGAUCUCAAGAAUGGAGAAAUAUAAUCAGAGUGUCUAUGAAACAGUAUGCUGAAAUGCUUGCAGAAAAUGUUUUGGCUCCAUACAAAUUUGUUUAUGAGAAGAGAGAUUUUUUCAUUUUCUUUGAUUUUGCAUCAGCUGAAGAAUGUCUGUCACAAAUGGAGCAGCUACAAAGGGCUUCGACAUUACAUGCUCCAGAGCACAACAGUAUGGUUGCCACAAUACUACAUUCCCGGUACAUGAGAAUGGUCUUUGACCCUGUGAUGAUGGAUGAUUUUACUGAGGAAAUCAUUUGUGAGCUACAAGCUGAGAAAAUUUCCCCUCUGGUCAGGCAUCAGGGAAAGCUGGCUCUUACACCCACUACUAUUUAUUUUCAACCUUUUAGUAAUGUUGAAAGUAGUCCCAUAUUAAAACUAAAGCUCAGCGACUUGAAGAGACUGUACAAAAGGAGAUUUUUGCUAAGGCAAGUUGGUCUUGAGAUAUACAGUGCAGAGGAGAGCUCUCUGCCCCACAUCUACCUGACAUUCCAGUCGGAGAAUGACAGAGAUAGGGUCUACAAGAUACUGGAGAAUUCACCUCAUGUUCGGCUUCAGAGUGUACAUACUGACGAAAUGACUUUACAGUGGCAAAACGGCAUUGUAUCCAAUUAUGACUACUUGAUGUAUUUGAAUUGCCUUGCAGACAGAAGCAAGAAUGAUCUCACACAAUACCCAGUUUUCCCCUGGGUGAUCUCGGACUAUGUAUCAGAGGUAUUGGACCUUAGCAAAGUGGAGACUUUUAGAGACUUGUCUAAACCAAUGGGGGCCCUGAACCCAGACCGAUUUGAGAGGCUGAAAGAAAGGUAUGAUGAAAUGUGCGAGCCAAAGUUUAUGUAUGGAUCACACUACUCGGCGCCGGGGCUUGUAUUGUUUUAUUUGGUCCGUAAAUACCCACAGUACAUGUUGUGUCUGCAGAAUGGGCGAUUUGAUCAUCCCGACAGGAUGUUCAAUUCAGUAAAGGAUGUGUACAACAACUGUUUGAGGAAUAUGUCUGAUUUUAAGGAAUUAGUACCCGAGUUCUAUGACGUAGAGGCGAAAGGUGACUUUUUACUGAAUAUGUACGAAAUCGACUUCGGCGAGCGGCACGACGGCUCUAAAGUGAAUGACGUGGCUCUGCCUGCGUGGGCCAGUUCUCCCGAGGACUUCGUGCUUAAGUUGAGGGAAGCCCUGGAGUCUGAUUAUGUGUCCAAAUAUCUUCAUUUGUGGAUAGAUCUCAUCUUCGGAUACAAACAGAGAGGAGAGGAGGCUGUUAAAGCUUACAAUGUUUUUCACCACGUCUGCUACGAGGGCGCGGUGGACCUGGAGCGAGUGUGCGACAUGAACGACCGCCACGCCCUCGAAGUGCAAAUCAUGGAGUUCGGACAAGUGCCCAAGCAACUAUUCACCAAACCGCACGUCCGGAGAAUAACCCACCGGAUACAGCCAUCCUUGUCUCAAAGCGAUCAAAUCAAUGCGUCAUAUGAAAUGGAAUGUGUUGACACGUUUCGUCUGCAUAGGGAAGCGGUGACGUGCGUGGUUAGAAAAGGGAAUAGGGUGGUUUCAGUAGGGAAGGAUGGGACGCUGAAGGUGUAUGAUACGGUUCGUAAGAAGCAGAUCAGGAGCGUCAUUCUGUGCACGACGCCAUUGAGCUCGUGCGUCAUGGUCGAUGAGAACACAGUUGCUGUUGGAUCAUGGGAUAAUGAGAUAUAUCUGUACGACGUGGAAUACGGUAGAAUAGUAGAAAGUUUCCGAGCUCACGAUGAUUCUGUCAGCUGUUUGUUGUGGUUACAAAAUGAACGGGUGCUGGUGUCCGGCGGAUGGGACGGCGUGGCCCGCGCGUGGGGCAGCCUGCGGCGGGUGGGGCAGGCGCUGCGCGGGCUGCAAGCCGAACUAGACCACGAUGUCGGCGUCACUUCACUCUCAUAUAGACGUCGGCGACAGGAAGUCGACAUCCUAGCAGGCACGAGCGAUGGCGAGGUAUUCAUUUGGGAGUUGUCGACUCGGAAACUCCUCACGAAGGUCUCCGUCCACAGCUCGGCUGUGAGCUGCGCUUGUGUGGUGCCCUCUGCCGACAGAAUGGUCACUAUCGGGGAGGAAGGCGAUAUGAGGGUCACUGAUCUCGGCGUCUUGUGUUCGGUGUACCAAAAGCAGUUCGAAGCGGCGGCGACGGCGCUAUGCUGGGACGCCGGCGACGUGCUGUGGCUGGGACUGGCGACCGGCGGCCUCAAGCAGUGGCACCUGCACUCUGUGGCGCAGAGCGGCGACAGGCACGCGCACUCAGACGCCAUCAGCAGCAUUUACUUCGACGAGGUUUCACAAACGCUGGUCACAGCCAGCAAGGACAAGUCGAUAAAGAUAUGGCAGUUGUCGCGACCGUCCUGACGCGCAUGGCGUGACGUCACAACACACCAGUAUUACAGGAACACGGCUCACUAGCGACGGCGGCGUAGCAUUUCGAAAUUGUGAUAUUUUACAAACUUUAAAGAAUUUAUUAUGUUAUAAAUAUCUGUUCUAUAUAUAAAAGACGGUAUGGUAUAUUAUA